AACGAUUCCGAUGCACCCGAGCAAGCCAAAGACAAGAAGACAGGCAGCGUGUUGAAUUGGAUGGCCACAGACGAAACCACACCCCUCCUCCCGACCUCACAGCAAAGAAAAGUCGAGUCCGAGAACGACGCAAUGAACACGGUCUUCUGGAAGAUCGGCGCGGUGUACGGAGCGGCGGGCGUCGCGCUCGGCGCAUUCGGCGCGCACGGCCUGAAGAAGUACAUCGCGGAACCCCAGAAACUGGCCAACUGGUCAACCGCUGCCCAAUACCAGCUCAUCCACUCGGUCGCCCUCCUCGUGGCCAGAAACAGCUCUGUCGCCGCCACCUUCUUCACGGCCGGCAUGACCAUGUUCAGCGGCAGCCUGUACGCCCUGACCCUUGACACCGAACGCUUCCGAUUCCUAGGCCCUGUCACGCCCCUGGGCGGGUUGUGCCUGAUUGCUGGGUGGCUAGCGCUGGCGUUUCGCAAGCCCCCCGUUGGGCUGCGGUGGCCCCGGUAUUGACGGGCUCCAGUUGUCGGGCCGUGGGUAAGUCUUAUGGAUGGUAUUGGGAG